AACAUAUGCAAAUUCCUGGUAUUGAAAGAUUUAAAUCAUAAUUAUAUAAUUUUGUUCAUGGCAUGGUUAUGUUAAUCAUGCCAUGUGAGCAGGUUGGUGGAACCAUCUCCGACGGUAUAUACAGCAUCAGAUGUCUAUUUAUCACUGUUCUAUGCCUUUGUACAGAAGACAUCAAGCAACCUGCAGCUGAUGGUCUCUUAUACACAAGAGCUACAGCAUUUAUUGGUAAAAAAAAAGUGUAUACACCCUAGUCUUUGUCUGCAGGUUUCCUUCCGUAGAUUCUAAUUUACCACGCACCAAUCAAACUUUAUAUUUGUUCCAGUUCAACCUCAUGUUAGGCCCUGGGCAACUGAAUGAGAUGGGAGUCUUGCAAGAUGGAUGGGUGGUCCUUGGGAACAACAUAACGCCUGCUGCUAGGAAUCAGGAUUUUUGGCGAUUUGUGCAGAAAACGAAGUUGUGGGCAUAAAAAUUAUCUGGUUGGCUGAGCUUCACACAAAAAUCCCAAGUUAUUUGGAAACAUGCAACCGACGUGUCUCCGGUCCGCUCAUGGGAGAAACUUCUAUAUUAUUGAGCAUCGUUUCCAUGAUCCAACAAAUUUAUUGGUGCUUGUCGUCUGCAACAAAGUAUUUAACACCUCAAGCUGGAGUUAAAAGCAGAUGGUCGUCACUCGUCGAUGGAGAGGUAGGUACAUCAUUUUAAUAAGAUGAUGCUUGAUUCCAACUUGUGAAAAGAAAAUAUUGCCUUAUGAAGUAGGACAGUACCUUGACUUCUAGGAAUAUGUCAACAUAUCACUCCAAUGUUGUCCUCCGACCAUACUUUUUCCACAAAAGUCCAGAUUAAGAUCAAUUACAACCGUCCAACAACCUCGUCGAUCUCACCCUCCACCGCUACGGGAAAAUUAGAGUUUCCAGCCGUCAACAGAAAAAGGAAAAACGAAAAACGUGCGCCACUAGAAGAUCCUCGGUAAUAUUCUAAUUGGAGGUCUCGUCAGAAAUAAGAUAAAAUAAAAGAAAACGUCUAAGCUCAAGCCGACAUCAAGAUGCUUUCCAAGUCACCCACCAUGACUGGAACACCGCUUUCCAUGCGGCACGCCUCACCCCAGCACCAAUAAAGGUGGCUUUCCCACUGGAUCCCAACUUCGUCUUCCUCACGGAUUGAUGACCCCAGCACCCACGCACUUCGAUCGACGACGUAAGCUUUUUCUACAUGGAAACAACACGUCGUCCAUCUGCCUCAUUAAUGAUGGGACGAAAGUAGAAAAAGCUGACGAGGAAAUAAACUACCAACCCCCUCCGUCAUUAAUUAAACCCAGAGCAAAGCAAGGCGCAAUACCGCGCGCGCAUUCGAUCCUCUCCAGCUGUCCGCGCGUCACGGCCCAAUAAAAUCUCAAAACUUAAAGACAUGAAAUGAGGGCCAGCUGAAAGCAGGGCGGGCGACAGAGAGAGGAGAACAAAUCCAAUUUCUCCUCUCUUUCCUUUCUUACUUGCCAUCUCUCGAACAGGAAGAGGUGGCGGAUAUCCUUGGCUCGCAUUCCACUGUCCGAGGGGAACCGCUCGGUUCGGUGGAAAUUGGAUCCUCUUUUGGAUUUCUUACGAAUCUUGUCUUGUCUCCCUGUGUGAUUUUAGCCCUGCUGGUAGAUAUUAAAGAAUCUCUUGAGUUCUCACUCUCAUUGUUGCUUUUCUUGAUUCAAACCCAUCUCCCAUCCUCCGCUUCCAUGCAACCUGUCCCAAUAUUCCUCCCUCCUUUGGCUCUGAAUCCCAGACCCCAAAUCGUGAGAUGCCCUUAGCUGAAUCCAAUUCAUCCUGCACUCCCAGCUGGUCUCCUUUGAAAUCUAGGCCCAAGGUUCAGUCCUGCGGAUCGGAUUCCCCUGCCGACGGAUGGGUUCUUUCCCUCUGUACAGCUCCUUCGAGGGCCUCCCGGUGCCGGAGAAGGUGUCGGUCGCCGCGCACUCGGUGCUGCUCCUCUUCUUCCUGUUCUUUCUCUCGGCCCGGCGGGUGCUCUCCGGCGGCCUCCGCCGGAUCUCGGCGUUCAAGGAGGAGCAGAUCGACGCUAUUCCAGCUCGCGCUAACUCGGGACUCGGUCCAGUGGUAGUGGUCGGUAACUGGUUCAAGAUUUCAACUUUCUGUUGCUUCUAUGUUUUCUUGCUGCAAUUAGUGGUUCUUGGAUAUGAAGCAGUGAACUUGGUGCGGAAAGGGUUCGAUUCGGGAGAUUAUUCGGUUUUCUGUUUGCCAUCCGUGCAAGCACUCGCUUGGUUGGCAUUAGGUUUCUCAGCGGUCCGCUGUAAGUUUAAGGAGUCGGAGAAAUUUCCAGUCUUGGUUAGAUUGUGGUGGUUUCUCUCGUUCUCCCUCUGUGUCUGCAUUAGUUAUGUGGAUACUAAAGGUUUUCUUGAUGAGAUAUUCAGCCUCAAUUCGCAUGCGCUAGCAAAUUAUGCUUCCACCCCUGCACUCGCAUUCCUUUGUCUUGUCGCAAUUCGUGGAGCAACGGGUGUAGAGCUGCAUAGGGACCAUCGGGACCUUUGGGAGCCAUUGCUUGGCGAAGGAGAAGAAGCUGGCUGCCUUAAGGUUACCCCUUAUAGUGAAGCAGGCCUGCUAAGUCUUGCAACACUAUCCUGGUUGAACCCUCUCUUGUCUGUUGGUGCAAAGAGGCCUCUUGAGCUGAGGGAUGUACCCUUAUUAGCCCCAAAGGACCGCGCCAAGACUUCCUAUAAGAUCCUGAAUUUAAAUUGGGAGAGGUUGAAAGCUGAGAACCCUACCAAACAGCCCUCACUGGCAUUGGCUAUUUUUCUGUCAUUCUGGAAAGAAGCAGCUCUGAAUGCUGUCUUUGCUUUCUUGAACACAGUAGUCUCCUAUGUUGGUCCUUAUUUGAUUAGCUAUUUUGUUGAUUACUUGAGUGGAAAUAUAGCUUUCCGGCAUGAAGGUUACAUUCUGGCAUCAAUUUUUUUUGUUGCUAAGUUCAUAGAGACUCUUACUAUUCGGCAGUGGUAUUUAGGAGUAGAUAUUUUGGGCAUGCAUGUUAGAUCAGCAUUAACAGCUAUGGUGUACCGGAAGGGACUGAGGCUAUCAAAUACAGCCCGACAAAGUCAUACCAGUGGUGAGAUUGUAAACUAUAUGGCAGUCGAUGUGCAAAGAGUGGGUGAUUACUCAUGGUAUUUUCACGAUAUAUGGAUGCUUCCCUUACAAAUUGUACUUGCUUUGGUAAUUUUGUAUAAGAACGUCGGAGUUGCAUCGUUUGCAACACUGGUUGCUACCAUUAUCUCCAUUAUUGUUACUAUUCCUUUGGCAAAGAUGCAAGAAGACUACCAGGAUAAGCUAAUGGCAGCUAAAGAUGAACGAAUGAGGAAGACUUCUGAAUGUCUUAGAAACAUGAGGAUCCUGAAGCUGCAGGCUUGGGAGGACAGAUACCGAUCAAAACUAGAGGACAUGAGGAAUGUGGAAUUCAGAUGGCUCCGGAAAGCCCUCUACUCACAGGCCUUUGUCACCUUUAUCUUCUGGGGUUCUCCUAUUUUUGUGUCAAUUGUAACUUUUGGUACUUCUAUAUUGUUGGGUGAUCAGCUUACAGCUGGUGGUGUCCUUUCAGCUUUGGCCACUUUUAGAAUUCUCCAGGAACCUUUGAGGAAUUUUCCAGAUUUAAUCUCUAUGAUUGCUCAGACAAAAGUGUCCUUGGAUCGUAUAUUGGGAUUUCUGCAGGAGGAAGAGUUGCAAGGAGAUGCCACCAUAUCUAUUCCUCGAGGCAUCACAAAGACAGCUAUAGAAAUCAAAGAUGGAGAGUUCUGUUGGGACCCUUCUUCUUCAAAACAUACACUCUCAGCAAUACAGGUAAAAGUGGAGAGAGAGAUGCGUGUGGCAGUCUGUGGUGCGGUUGGUGCUGGAAAGUCAAGCUUUCUCUCUUGCAUACUUGGGGAGAUACCAAAAAUUUCUGGCGAAGUUAAAAUAUGUGGUUCUGCAGCUUAUGUCUCUCAGUCAGCUUGGAUACAGUCUGGAAACAUAGAGGAGAAUAUUCUUUUUGGAAGUCCGAUGGAUAAGCAAAGGUACAAGACUGUUCUCCAUGCUUGCUCACUCAAAAAAGAUCUGGAACUGUUCUCGCAUGGAGAUCAAACGAUUAUUGGAGAUAGAGGUAUUAAUCUAAGUGGUGGCCAGAAGCAAAGGGUGCAGCUUGCUAGAGCACUCUAUCAAGAUGCUGAUAUAUAUUUACUUGACGAUCCCUUCAGUGCAGUUGAUGCACAUACAGGAAGUGAGUUGUUCAAGGAAUAUAUAAUGACAGCACUAGCUAAAAAGACUGUGAUCUUUGUCACCCAUCAGGUUGAAUUUCUCCCAGCUGCUGAUUUGAUACUGGUCCUUAAGGAGGGCCGUAUAAUCCAGGCUGGAAAAUAUGAAGAUCUUUUGGAAGCUGGAACUGACUUCAAUUUGUUGGUUUCAGCUCACCAUGAAGCAAUUGAAGCAAUGGAUAUUCCAGAAGUCUCAUCUGAAGAUUCAGAAGAUUCAGCUGGUGGUGGAGAUAAUUCUAUGUUCGGUAAAAAGUUGACAUCAAGUGCAAACAACCUUGAUAGUAUGAACAGUAUAAUAUCUGAAAAUGAACAGUCAUCUGAUAGAAUAGCUAUAAAGGAAAAAAAGAAAUCAAAGCGCAUGCGGAAAAAACAGCUAGUUCAAGAGGAAGAGCGAGAAAGGGGGAAAAUCAGCUUCAAGGUGUACUUAUCGUAUAUGGCUGCAGCAUAUAAAGGAACACUCAUACCUUUGAUUAUCCUGGCACAGACGACAUUUCAGGUGCUCCAGAUUGCUAGCAGUUGGUGGAUGGCUUGGGCAAAUCCUCAGACUGCAGGAGACGAACCAAAGACAAGUAGCAUGGUCCUUCUAGUUGUUUAUAUGGCACUUGCUUUUGGGAGUUCAUGGUUUGUAUUUAUUAGAGCUGUUCUUGUUGCUACCUUUGGCUUAGUAGCUGCACAGAAGUUGUUCAUAAAGAUGCUUCGAACAGUCUUUCGAGCUCCGAUGUCUUUUUUUGAUUCUACUCCUGCUGGACGGAUCUUAAAUCGUGUGUCUGUUGAUCAAAGUGUUGUGGAUCUUGAUAUUCCUUUCAGACUUGGUGGAUUUGCAUCAACAACGAUACAACUACUUGGUAUAGUGGGUGUGAUGACGAAGGUCACCUGGCAAGUUUUGCUUCUGAUUGUUCCUAUGGCUAUUGCUUGCUUGUGGAUGCAGAAAUACUACAUGGCUUCAUCAAGGGAACUAGUUAGGAUUGUUAGCAUUCAAAAAUCUCCUAUAAUCAAUCUAUUUGGAGAGUCCAUUGCUGGAGCUUCUACUAUUAGAGGUUUUGGUCAGGAGAAACGCUUUAUGAAGAGGAAUCUUUACCUGCUAGACUCUUUUGCUCGACCAUACUUCUGCAGUCUUGCAGCAAUCGAAUGGCUCUGCUUGCGUAUGGAAUUGCUGUCAACUUUUGUAUUUGCUUUCUGUAUGACUCUCCUUGUGAGCUUUCCACAUGGAAGCAUUGAUCCAAGUAUGGCAGGCCUUGCUGUAACAUAUGGCCUUAAUUUGAAUGCUCGCAUGUCCCGGUGGAUAUUGAGCUUUUGCAAACUUGAAAAUAAAGUUAUCUCUAUUGAGCGUAUUCAUCAAUAUUGCCAAAUCCCUGGAGAAGCACCACCUGUUAUUGAAAACCAUCGCCCUCCAUCUUCAUGGCCAGAGAGUGGUAAAAUCGAACUGAUUGAUCUCAAGGUUCGUUACAAGGAGAACUUACCUACAGUACUCCAUGGCAUAAACUGCACAUUUCCUGGUGGGAAAAAAGUUGGGAUUGUUGGACGCACUGGAAGUGGUAAAUCUACUCUUAUACAGGCUUUGUUCCGCCUGAUCGAACCUACAAGUGGGAAGAUCAUCAUUGACAACAUAGACAUCUCCACCAUUGGCCUCCAUGAUCUCCGGUCCCGUCUCAGUAUCAUCCCACAAGAUCCAGCUUUGUUUGAGGGUACAAUAAGAGGCAAUCUUGACCCCCUUGAAGAGCACUCUGACCAUGAAGUCUGGCAGGCACUCGACAAAUGUCAACUUGGAGAGGUGAUUCGCCAAAAAGAGCAAAAGCUUGACACACUAGUCUUGGAGAAUGGGGACAACUGGAGUGUUGGACAGUGCCAGCUCGUCUCCUUGGGGAGGGCUUUGCUGAAGCAGGCACAAAUACUAGUGCUUGAUGAGGCAACAGCUUCUGUGGACACAGCCACAGAUAAUGUUAUUCAGAAGAUCAUUCGAACUGAAUUUCGGGAUUGCACAGUUUGCACCAUAGCACAUCGCAUCCCAACUGUUAUUGACAGCGACCUUGUUUUGGUCAUUAAUGAUGGAAGGGUUGCAGAGUUUGACAGCCCGCUACGACUGUUGGAGGACAAGUCCUCCAUGUUUCUAAAGCUAGUCACCGAGUACUCCACGAGAUCAAGCAGCAUGACAGAUGGUUGAACUCAAGGACACAAUCGUUGAAAGGAUUAACUCAUUACGAGCAUGGUUAGUCUCUUGAAUUACAAAUUGGAGAAUCAUCUAGUUUAGAUUCAUUUCUUAAGGUUGUUAAGAAUGUGAAGGAUUGUGGCUCUUUUAUCUAAGAGCUGAUAGAAAGCUGUGGAGAGAUCGAAUGGCAGAUAAUUUUUCUAUAGAAAAUUUCUGCUCCUUUCCAGUCUGUAUUGUCAAGCAUCUCGAUCUACUUCACAUUAAUAUUACUCUCCCUGACGGUGGAAUCAGGUUAUCUGAUAAAAUUCAUGGAAGGUCAUUCCUGUGGCUGUGGCUGCCAUCUUACGGAACGGAAUUGUUUGUAACGUAACAGAACUCAAGAAGCAGUGAGGGAUCUGUAACUGAAGGGGCUUGCAAAUAAAUUUUAAAUAGUUUUUCAAGGAUGAUGGGAGAUUACAGCCAAACUUAUCAUUAAGAAUCACUAUGGAAAGGAACUUAAGAUUUUCCAAUCAAACCCAAGAUAAAAUGUUCUUCUUGGUUUGAUGGUUGCUAGGAGAGAGCUUCAUGACUCAAGUGGCCAAGUAAUUUCUGAUUGUCAAGAAGAUCAUGUUGACUGGGUGAUUGGUUAGACGAGUUUAAAUCAAAUUAGCUAACAAAGUGUUGGGCAUUUUUUUUGUUGGUUGAUCUACUGCAUUAUAAGUAUCUAGGUCCAAUUUUUUGGUGAUACACCAUUCAAGAAUCGAAUACGAGACUUAUAUUUGAGAAGCA